CAUGUGUAGUACUUAGCACAUUUCAUUCUUGUUUGUUAUAUGUAAAUAUAGUGUAGAGAAAAAUAUGACUGUGACAGUAGACUGUACGUCAUCAUCAGGCCUACUGAAUACGUUGGUGAUCGCGGAACACAAUAAUGAAACAUUAUCAACUGUAACGAGAAGAGCGGUAGCUGCCGCCGCAAAUCUAGGCGGGGACUUGUCAGUUCUGGUCGCAGGAACAAAAUGUAUUGGAGUUGCUCAAGAAGUUUCCAAAAUUCCCGGGUUGAAAAAGGUGUUGCUCGCUGACGAUGCGGCGUUCAAUGGGUUUUUGCCAGAAAGUAUCACCCCAUUAGUGAUGGCUUCUCACAACCAGUUCAAAUUUACGCACAUUCUUGCUGCAGCGACAAGUUUUGGGAAAAACUUACUGCCUAGAGUUGGGGCGAAACUAGAUGUUUCACCGAUAUCUGAUGUUAUUAAGAUUAAAAGUCCAGAUACUUUUGAGAGGCCGAUUUAUGCAGGCAAAGCAAUACUUACACUAAGAUCAAAAGACCCAGUGAAAGUAGUAACCAUUCGAGCGACUGAAUUUGACCCGGUUCCUCCGGAAGGAGGAAGCAGUUCAGUAGAAGCAGCUCCAGUUGGCGAUUACACAUCAAAAACAUCAGAAUUUGUUGAGCAAAUUUUAGAAAAAAGUGACCGACCAACGUUAACAUCAGCUAAGGUCAUCGUAAGUGGAGGUAAAGGUGUUGGAUCCAAAGAAAGUUUCAAAAUACUCUACGAUCUUGCUGAUAAGCUGAAAGCUGCAGUGGGAGCUACCAGAGCUGCUGUAGAUGAGGGAUUUGCUGCAAGCAACAUGCAAGUUGGCCAGACAGGCCAAGUUGUGGCUCCGGAGUUGUACAUUGCUGUUGGUUUGUCCGGAUCCGUGCAACACUUGGCAGGGAUGAUCAAUUCCCGGACAAUUGUGGCAGUCAACUCUGACCCGGACGCACCGAUCUUCAAAGUUUCUGACUUUGGAAUUUGUGACGACUUGUUCAAAAUUGUGCCUGAGCUUACUUCAAAGUUGACCUGAAUAUUGUAAAAUAAAUUGUGGUUUUGUAAA